GCGAGACCAACGUCGUAUAAUGUAGGUAUAUACAUGUAUGUGCCUAUAAAAAUGGCGUGCAAACGGGUGGUGUCACUCAUAUCCCACGUGAUCGUUAGAAUAACAAAAAAGUUCAUAUAAAGAUCUUCUUCUACUUGCUCCAAGCUCUAAGAUACCUAGCCAAGUAAGCGAACCAAAAAAACUCCUUGUCUUCAUGCUCGCUUUCAUGCUUUAAACCCGACUGGCUGUGCUGACAUCAGGCACACCAACACCUUCGACGACCUUGGCGCCCAUAAUCUCAUAGACGGGCAACUCCGCCAACCUCGAGAUGACAUGGUGCAACGUGGGCAGAGUGUCCCAGUCGCCGCUUUGAAGCUCGAAUUUGGCGUUGUUUGUAGUCCAGACCUUGUGCACUGUGGGCUUGGGUUCGGCCUCUGCGAAUCGGUCAAAGACUGCAUAGUCCACUCCCGCGGCAUUGCCAUCUUGUCCUCCUUCGGCCAAUCCCUUGAAUUCUCGGCCGACAGCAGGAACAUAUCGAUGAGCGAUGAUGCCUUCGUCGGAUUCACCCGAGAUACUCCCGGAUUGCGCCGCCGGAUCUUGUUCGACGAGGUCCGUGAGGCUGAAGGAUCCCCACGAGGCACCCUGCCAUCCCGUCUUCAUAUGGUAGCUCUUCUCUCGCCGAUGCACAUCGAUGGUCGAGUAUAAUUUCGGCAUGCCCAGCUCUUCUCUUCCACUCACGAUCGGAUCUGUGAGGUUCUCGAACAAAAUCGGCAAAUACGUUCCACUAACACUCUUGCCGUCUUCUUUCUCGUACGUCACCCCAUGGAUAUACAACCCAAUGUGAUUAUACCCACUCCCACCGAGCCAUUGCAUCUUGCCCAAUGUCGUCUGGCUGAAAGACGCGUAUGCCACAGUUCCCGGAGAUUUGAAGGAGUACCCUUUCCGACCAGGAGGAAAGAGGUUCUGGAGUGCGGUGCGAGAGGUCUUGAAACGAAUCGAAGCUGUUGUAAAGGUACUGUUUUCUCCGCUUCGCGGUAGACCAUAAUGAUCUUGUCGAGGGCCAGGCAUGGGACCAAAGGCGAUGGGCAUGCGAGAAUACUUCUUCUCGACCUUGGCCCAUUGGUACUCGCGGAACUUUUGCCGAGAGUUGUCAAACUCGUCGUGGCCGAAGUUGAAGUUUGUGAACCCCAACAUAUUCAAGUUCUUUCCCUCGAGAUCGUCGGAACCGAUGAGACGGGAGAAGGUCUGGAUCUGGGUCGCGCGUCCGUGACGGAUUUGGUCGUAGAGUCGCAACCGCUCUGGGAUUUCCUCGCGAGGGGUGCCAAGAGGGAGGACGGUGGCUAUAGUGGCACCGUCUUCGAUUGCAGCUCCCGCUCCUUGGCCUUGGUGUGGUAGGAAUGGAUGAGCUGCAUCUCCGAUCAGAGCCAGAUGGUCUUUAUGCCAAAUAGGCAUCUCGUCCAUGUCGAGCAGGACCCAAACUUUGAGAGACUGUGGGUCUGCUUUGGAUAUCAUUGCCAGAACAGCAGGUUCGAAGCCGGCAUAGACUUUCAGCAUCGUCUCGAGACUGGCCUCUUGAUUCCAAUCGGAGCUGGCACUCGACUCAGAUUCCGGGUGUAUGGCGACAAAGUUCAAUUCAGUGUUCUUCGAGGUCGGGUACAUAACGAUGCGACGAUCGUUAGCAUACCAGAUCUUCAACUCGCCUUCUUCAUCCACUAAGUGUGCAGUUUGGGGGUCCGCUUUGAUCGCUUCUCGUGGAAUCAGGAAACGGAAUGCGCUCUUGCCACAGCUGAAUGGCUUGACAUCGACGGGUGCUAUGCAGCUUCGUGCGACAGAAUGCACACCAUCAGCACCGAUGACGGCAUCUCCCUGUAUAGUCUCGCCGUUUUCGAGGGUAACGCUAGCAGACUUCUCAUCCACGGACUUGACUUUGCUCGAGGUGAGCAGCUCCACAGGACGGCCGAGGCCCUUGGGCGAGAUUGCCGUCUCUUUCAGUUCUCGGUGCAGGUGUGCUCGAUGGGCCAGAUGCCACGGAUGCUGCCACAUACCGCUCGUGGGUCUCAUAUCCAUCAUUUUUUGCGGCUUUCCGGCUAAGUCGGUUUCUGUGAGCUUAUUCAUGGUAUUGGCUCCAAAGUUCUCUGCGUAGAUGCCAAGUUGCCGCAGGAUACCGUUGCUGUUGGGUGCAAGAUGGACUGCUGCGCCCACCUCAGCUGCGAGACGAGACUGUUCAAAGACCUUGACAUUGUGGCCUUGUUGGCGGAGGGCAAUGGCUGUAGUCAAUCCACCAAUACCAGCACCUGCUAUCAGUAUUGUCAAUGGCUCCAUGGCAGCAGUCUGCUGGCCGUUCGGUCGAGAUGCAAGUGUGGUGGUAUGCGUGCCAUUCGCACCCGAAAUGCCGCUUUCUGUCGAUGUAGAAGCCAUCCUGCCGGCUAUGCUGUGAGCUUGGGUAUGCGUGAGCGAUUCAAGUCUGGAGGAGGAAUGAGUUGGUCGAGGGAAUCAUUAAGUAGAAGAAGUAGCUUCUGGUUCGGCAGAGCCGGCUGGACAAUACCCUCACUGCCAUGGAAGAAGUCGCGUCUUUAUGUCAUCACAUUACGCUUUCCUCCUCGUGGAGAAGUGCCGUGCCAUUCACGGGGUCGAAGUGGAGUGGUGAAGCCUGAUUCUAUGGAAUUGCAUGGCCGCGUGCCACUAGUUCCACCGCAUCUGAUACCUCGGAUUCGCUCGGUGUAAACUCUAGCUGUGCAUGAUCCGAAUGGCGGAACAUGUGGACGUCCACCGGAACGGGCCACCGGAGUCAUGAAAUACCAGAUGACUGACCACUAUACAUACCAGCGUACGGCGAUAUGCGCGCUUUGUGUGGAGCCCCAGCGCCAUGUAUACCCUGUAGUAUGGGCGGGCCCUCCGGGGUAGAUGAUGGAGAGGCAGUGUUUUAAUUGCCGUAUCACUCACGGUAUGUCACUGUGGUGCUCCAGGCAAUCUCCUCCUGUUUUGCACUUCCCACGCAAACUGCGGUACGAAGAAGAGAGUUCACCAUGACGGGGCAACAAUCUCCUCCCGACAACGGACUACCACGGCCGAAGAGAUACAUCACGGCCCACAACGCAGACACCAAGGCCGUGUUCCACGACCUGGAGCCAGAAUUGCCGUUCGAGGAAAUAGCUGGCACCGGCGGAGACCGCUUUUCCCUCGCCUAUGCCACCAACAAAGUUCCCGUCCAGCUAUCUUCCAACGUGGAUGUGCAAACUUACAGUCAAUACCUCGAGCGGAAGCCUGGCAUCACCAUUCCGGGCGGUACAGUCCUCAGAUAUGUCGACAUUGCUCCUGGUAACACGUCGCCCAUGCACAGAACUGUUUCCCUCGACUACGGAGUCGUGCUGGAGGGACAAGUCGAAGCUGUGCUCGACUCAGGCGAAGUCAAGCUCUUGAAUCGGGGCGACAUUGUGAUUCAGCGGGCUACAAACCACGCUUGGAAGAAUGCGAGCACGACGGAGUGGGCGCGGAUGUUAUAUGUGCUUCAGGAAGCACAACCGGUGAAAUUGGACGAUGGAACGGUCCUGGGAGAGGACUACGGAGGCAUGGAGGGAGUGAGGGCGAGUUCGUCGUAGAUGGCGAUCGUGGUCGCCUGUGGGAGGGUUGAUUUUGUUGCUGUUGGUUUUGGUGUUGUUGCUGUUGCUGUUGCUGCUGCUGUUGCUGCUGCUGUUGCUGUCGAUGUCGAUGUUGGUGGUGGUGGUGUUAUUGUUGUUGUUGUGAAAGGUGGUAGGCAAGGUACAUGCACAUGUGUCGUACCUUAUCUUUAGCUACCUGGUAGUUUCUGAAUGAGUCGAGGCAGGAUUGCCAAGCCAUAGAAAACAUG